UUAUUGUGGAAAAUGGUUAUGCAGCUUGAAAAUUCGUAUAAAUAGAUGACGACCGAACCCAAAUUUAAUUAGAACCUUUAUUGAUAUCGGAUGGUUGACUUGUUUUUGAUCCUUUUAAAACAGAACAUUAUGAAGACUCUUGUGCUUUUUGCCCUCGUUUUGCUUGGUGUAGCUCAUGGCCAACAAAACGGGAGAACAACGCGAUAUUGGGAUUGUUGUAAGCCGUCCUGCGGUUGGGGUGACAAAGGUCCAGUGAAUAAACCUGUGGAUACCUGCGAGGCGGACGGUGUACGAGUUAUCGAUGUCAACGCUCAGAGUGGGUGCAAUGGAGGACCUUCCUACACAUGCAACAACAAUCAGCCAUGGGCUGUCAAUGAUAACUUGGCUUAUGGGUUUGCUGCAGCUUAUCUCUCGAAUCAGGGUGAAUGGGACUGGUGUUGUGCCUGCUACGAGCUUAAUUUCUUGACAGGACCCGUCCAGGGCAAGAAAUUGAUUGUUCAAGUCACCAACACGGGAGGAGAUCUCGGCGAAAAUCAUUUCGACAUCCUAAUGCCAGGAGGAGGGGUGGGACUUUUCAAUGGUUGUCAGCCACAAUGGGGAGCUCCUGACGCUGGGUGGGGUGAUCGAUACGGAGGUGUGCGUACUAUUGAAGAAUGUGAACAACUUCCAUCCCAAAUUAGAGAGGGGUGCCGCUGGAGAUUUAAUUGGUUCCGAAAUGCCGAUAAUCCAGAUGUCUCGUUCCAAAGAGUGCAAUGCCCCGCCGAAAUUACAUCCAAAUCUAAUUGCAUCAGGAAUGAUUUGUUCAAAUUUUACUAAAUUAUUAGCUAAUCACAGUUUACUAUUGGCAGAAUCAUUUAAAUACACACAUAUGUACACACAAA